GAUGUCCCAGCACUGACAUCAAAAUUGUGUGAAGGGAAUGCUUAACAUUUCAAGCAAGAUGUCAACUCAGAGGCAACUUUCCCUUCUAAAUGAAGGAGGUUUGGAUCUUCACACUGGACUGAGUUCUGCUUAUUCUUCCAAGCCUUCAGAUGGUCAGUGGAUGGAGGAAAAUCAACUAUUUGAGGAGGAAACAGAAGCCAGUGCCACAACACAAAGUGAGGACAAGGAUGUAAAUGUGAAGGUGUUGCAAAGUAAGAAUUCUAAUGGAAACAAAAGAGUUCAUGAUUGCCCCGUGUGCCAUAAACAAUUUGGUGCUCCAUCCAAACUAAAAAGGCAUUGUCUUAUUCACACGGAUCAGAGGCCAUUUCAGUGUUCUAUAUGCUGCCGUGCAUUCAGAGAACGCUCUCAUCUAAAAGUACACCUCAGAACUCAUACAAACCCUGUGAAGCAGAGAACACCAUCACUCCAGAGCUAUAAGGACAACAAAGUGUCCUGUAGUCAAACAUCUAAGUCAAGGUUAAAACCUUUUCCAAAAAACCGAACUGCCCAGAACGAUACCAGUUCAACAUAUAAACAAAAGACAGCAGCAACAGACUUAAUCGAAUCUAAUUCAGGUACUGUGGGUGUUAAAAUUACAAAAGGACAUUGGUGCCCUUUAUGUUUAAAAUGCUUUAAAGCCCCAUCAAAGCUCAAACGUCACAUUCUGAUUCAUACUGGGGAAAGACCUUUUAAAUGCUCUGUGUGCCCCAAAGCUUUCCGAGAGAAAUCACACUUGAAAGUUCACAAGUGUAAGGAAGAAUUUAGACUGGAAUGCAACUCCAUUUUGAGUGAUCGGCAAGUGAAAGAGAACAAGAUCAAGCAGAAUGCUGACGAAGGUGUUGUGUCACCAGAUGUAGUCACACCUGCCGGAAAAAGGAUCUUUCCAGUAUCCAAGUCUUCUGAUCGCAUGUGUAUGCUUCAACUGAAAAAGAAAAGUGGAUAUCAGUGUGAAAUAUGCUUCAAGAAAUUCAGUUUCCCCUCAAAACUAACUCGACACCUGUUUGUUCAUUUUGACGUCAAGCCUUACACUUGCACAAUCUGCAGAAAGUCAUUCAAACAGGCCUAUUAUCUCCAGAAACACCUCAAGGUACAUACAGGAAAAAGAAACAAUAAAUCUAGGUUGAGUAGAGUCCCGCAGAAGCACGAGGCCAAACCUCCAACACCUGGAGCUAUAGAAGGAAAAAAUAACUGCAGACCAGUUGGUGGUAAUGUGUGUUUACCUCAGAUAUUAGACUCUUUAGAGACCAAAAAGCAUACAAAAAUUGAAUGCCGAAGCAAGCUCAACCAAAAUGUCCCAUUGACCGAGUCAAAUUCAAGUACCAUAGAGAUUAAAAGCUCUGAUGCUUUGAACAAUACUCAAAUGCAGAUCACAACCUCCAGCCCAAGUUACCUUAAGCACAAACAGAAAGGUGUGAAUCAGUGCAGCAUCUGUCUGAAGAACUUUCCGUAUCCUUCUAAGCUCGCCAGACAUAUUUUGAGCCACACAAAUAGCAGACCAUUUAAAUGCCAAGUGUGCUUGAAAUCAUUUCGAUAUCAGGGCCAUUUGCAGCUUCACGUGAGGAUCCACAAAAAAAAGGGUUGGAAUAUAAUUACUGGUCAUUUGGAACAUGAUCAUACAGUUUCUUUUAGUAAUGCUGAAAAAUCUAAAGACCAAGAUGUGCAAAUAUCCAAACAAGAUGGAGCUGAAGACUCUGCUACAGCUAACCAAUGUCAGAAUAUGGUUAUAGAGUCUCAGAAAAUGAGUGGUGACUCCAGUGAUUCCAUUGUAUAUUUACAAGUUUCCCUUCUAAAUGAAGGUUUGGAUCUCCACACUGGACUGAGUUCUGCAUAUUUUUCCAAACCUUCAGAAGACCAGUGGAUAGAGGAAAACCAAGAAACUGAGGAGGAACAAGAAGCCAGUGUCACAACACAAAGUGAGGACAAGGAUGUAAAUACAAAGGUGUUGCAAAGAAAAAAUUCUAAUGGAAACAAAAGAGUUUAUGAUUGCCCCGUGUGCCAUAAACGAUUUGGUGCUCCAUCCAAACUAAAAAGGCAUUGUCUUAUUCACAGGAAUCAGAGGCCAUUUGAGUGUUCCAUAUGCUGCCGUGCCUUCAGAGAAUGCUGUCAUCUAAAAGCACACAUCAGAACUCACAAUGUCCCUGUGAAGCAGAGAACACCAUCACACCAGAGCUACAGAGACAACGGUGUGUCCUGUAAUCAAGCGUCUAAGUCAGGGUUAAAUCCCUCUCCAAAACAACCAACUGCCCAAGAUGAUACCAAGUCAACAGAUAAAGAAAAGUCACCAGUGCACCAAGAUCAAAAUAUGGUUGCAGAGAAUAUGGCAUCUCAAAAAAUGAGUGGUCACUGCAGUGUUACAGAUGUAUAUUUGCAAGAUUCUCUUCUAAAGGAAGGAGGUUUGGAUCUUCACACUGGACAGAGUUCUGCAUUCUUUUCCAAACCUUCAGAAAGCCAGUGGAUGGAGGAAGACCAAGAAAAUGAGGAACAAAAACCCAGUGUCACAACACAAAGUGAGGACAAUGAUGUAAAUGUGAAGGUGUUGCAAAGUAAGAAAUCUAAUGGAAACAAAAGAGUUCAUGAUUGCCCUGUGUGCCAUAAAAGAUUUGGUGCUCCAUCCAAACUAAAAAGGCAUUGCCUUAUUCACACGAAUCAGAGGCCAUUUGAGUGUUCCAUAUGCUGCCGUGCCUUCAGAGAACGCUCUCAUCUAAAAGUACACGUCAGAACUCACAAUGUCCCUGUGAAGCGGAGAACACCAUCACUCCAGAGCUACAGAGAUAACAAAGUGUCCUGUAAUCGAGCAUCUAAGUCAAGGUCAAAUCCAUUUCCAAAACAACCAACUGCGCCAGAUGAUACCAAGUCAACAGGUAAAAAUAAGUCAACAGUGCACCAAGGUCAAAAUAUUCUUACAGAGAAUAUGGCAUCUCAAAAAAUGAUUUGUCACUGCAGUUAUCCAGAUGUAUAUUUGCAAGAUUCUCUUCUAAAUGAAGGAGGUUUGGAUCUUCACACUGGACAGAGUUCUGCAUAUUCUUCCAAACUUUCAGAAGGCCAGUGGAUGGAGGAGAACCAAGAAACUGAGAAGGAACAAAAAGCCAGUGUCACAACACCAAGUGAGGACAAGGAUGUAAAUGCGAAGGUGUUGCAAAGAAAGAAUUCUAACGGAAACAAAAGAGUUCAUGAUUGCCCCGUGUGCCAUAAAAGAUUUGGUGCUCCAUCCAAACUAAAAAGGCAUUGCCUUAUUCACACGGAUCAGAGGCCAUUUCAGUGUUCUAUAUGCUGUCGUGCCUUCAGAGAACACUCUCAUCUAAAAGUACACGUCAGAACUCAUACAAACCCUGUGAAGCAGAGAACACCAUCACUCCAGAGCUAUAAGUACAACAAAGUGUCCUGUUGUCAGACAUCUAAGUCAAGGUUAAAUCCCUCUCCAAAACAACCAACUGCCCAAGAUGAUACCAAGUCAACAGAUAAAGAAAAGUCAACCGUGCACCAAGAUCAAAAUAUGGUUACAGAGAAUAUGGCAUCUCAAAAAUGGAUUGGUCACUGCAGUGAUCCAGAUGUAUAUUUGCAAGAUUCUCUUCUAAAUGAAGGAGGUUUGGAUCUUUACACUGGACAGAGUUCUGCAUAUUCUUCCAAACUUUCAGAAAGCCAGUGGAUGGAGGAAAACCAAGAAACUGAAGAGGAACAAGAAGCCAGUGUCACAACAAAAAGUGAGGACAAGGAUGUAAAUGUGACGGUGUUGCAAAGAAAGAAUUCUAAUAGACAAAAAAGAGUUUAUGAUUGCCCUGUGUGCCAUAAACGAUUUGGUGCUCCAUCCAAACUAAAAAGGCAUUGUCUUAUUCACACAAAUCAGAGACCAUUUCAGUGUUCUAUAUGCUGCAAUGCCUUCAGAGAACGCUCUCAUCUAAAAACACAUGUCAGAACUCACAAUGUCCCUGUGAAGCAGAGAACACCAUCAUUCCAGAGCUACAGAGACAACAGUGUGUCCUGUAAUCGAGCAUCUAAGUCAAGGUUAAAACCCUUUCCAAAACAUCUAACUGCCCAAAACAAUGCCAGUUUAACAGAAAAACAACAAUCAACAGUUCACCAUGAUGAAAAUAUUGUUACAGAGAAUAUGGCGUCUCAAAAAAUUAGUGGCGACUGGAGUGAUUCAGAUGUAUAUUUGCAAGAUUGUCUUCUAAAUGAAGGAUGUAUGGAUCUUCACACUAGAGAGAGUUCUGCAUAUUCUUCCAAACUUUCAGAAGGCCAGUGGAUGGAGGAGAACCAAGAAACGGAGGAGGAACAAAAAGCCAGUGUCACAACACCAAGUGAGGACAAGGAUGUAAAUGCGAAGGUGUUGCAAAGAAAGAGUUCUAACGGAAACAAAAGAGUUCAUGAUUGCCCUGUGUGCCAUAAACGAUUUGGUGCUCCAUCCAAACUAAAAAGGCAUUGCCUUAUUCACACGGAUCAGAGGCCAUUUCAGUGUUCCAUAUGCUGCCGUGCCUUCAGAGAACACUCUCAUCUAAAAGUACACAUCAGAACUCAUACAAACCCUGUGAAGCAGAGAACGCCAUCACUCCAGAGCUAUAAGGACAACAAAGUGUCCUGUAGUCAAACAUCUAAGUCAAGGUUAAAUCCCUCUCCAAAACAACCAACUGCCCAAGAUGAUACCAAGUCAACAGUGCACCAAGAUCAAAAUAUGGUUACACAGAAUAUGGCAUCUCAAAAAAUGAUUGGUCACUGCAGUGAUCCAGAUGUAUAUUUGCAAUAUUCUCUUCUAAAUGAAGGAGGUUUGGCUCUUUACACUGGACAGAGUUCUGCAUAUUCUUCCAAACUUUCAGAAAGCCAGUGGAUGGAGGAAAACCAAGAAACUGAGGAGGAACAAGAAGCCAGUGUCACAAAAAAAAGUGAGGACAAGGAUGUAAAUGUGAAGGUGUUGCAAAGAAAGAAUUCUAAUGGACAAAAAAGAGUUUAUGAUUGCCCUGUGUGCCAUAAACGAUUUGGUGCUCCAUCCAAACUAAAAAGGCAUUGUCUUAUUCACACAAAUCAGAGACCAUUUCAGUGUUCUAUAUGCUACAGUGCCUUCAGAGAACGCUCUCAUCUAAAAGCACACGUCAGAACUCACAAUGUCCCUGUGAAGCAGAGAACACCAUCACACCAGAGCUACAGAGACAAUAGAGUGUCCUGUAAUCGAGCAUCUAAGUCAAGAUUAAAACCAUUUCCAAAACAUCUAACUGCUCAAAACAAUGCCAGUUCAACAGAAAAUCAAAAGUCAACCGCACACCAAGAUCAAAAUAUUGUUACAGAUGAUAUGCCAUCUCAAAAAAUAAGUGGUGACGGCAAUGAUUCAGAUUUAUAUUUCUCAAAAAGUACUAGUCCUUUAGAGAAGUCAGAGGUUGUUUUCCAGUGCAACAACAAAUCAGUUUGGGGUAUGACAGAUAAAACUGACAUAUUGCUUGAUGGGAAAAAGGCAUCUGACAUCGUGCCCUUUGGCAGGAUGAGUGACUGUCCACCCAAAACUGACUCAUCUCUCCAUCACUGUGCUUCUGAAUCAAGAAUUGGAAAAUGGGCACAUCACAUGGAUGAUAUUAAAGAUUGUGUCUUCGUGGACUCGGACACUGUUAAAUGUGUCCCUGAUUCUUACGAGCCCAGUUCUUGCCUGUAUCAACAGAAACCUGAUGUGCCCGGACUCAGAGAAAUUGUUGUUGUGGGCCUUUUGGACUUUCAGGAUCCAGGUGAAUGCUUUACCAAGCCUCCACAUGACCUUCCCGUUUGUCCUGACUGUAGUCAGUGUUUCCCUACGAUAAGGAGCUUAUAUGCUCAUAAAUGUGCAAACAGAUAUUCUGAAGGGAAAAUAAAGAAAUCCCACCAGUGUGACAUUUGCUUAAAAUUCUUCAGUGCACCAUCCAAAUUGAAGAGACAUUGUGUUACUCACACUGGUCAGAGGCCGUUCCAGUGCACACAGUGUCAGAAGUCCUUCAUGCAGUCCCAUCAUCUGAAAACACACAUGCUGUCCCACAGGUAGAAGGGUUACUCUAGGGUUGCCCAAAGAUAUGACCAAACCAAAAGGGUUUUCACUGUAAAUUAGUUGUGUUCGAUGUAGUUUUUUGCUAAACAGAAACAGAAUUU